GUUAGGAAGUUGGUCGUCUGAUACCUACUAAGUCUGUGGUUCAAACGGUGUGUAUGGUGUUGUUGUGUUGACAAGUUUUUGUUAAAAGAAAGUUUAAUAUUAGAUAGAUAUUAUGAACGAAAUCGACGACAAAUUUUAUUAUGUUUAUAGUUCUUCUUUGGAUCACAAAGUGGAAAUUAAAAUUGGUACAUUAGAGGGUAAACGCACUAAACCUGAAUAUGACAAGUUAUUAUCGGACCCAAUGCUUAAAUUCUCUGGCCUGUAUCAGGAAGGUUGUUCAGACUUGUAUGUGACAUGCCAGGUGCUCAGUGAUGGGGUGCCUCUUGCUCUUCCAGUUACUACGUCAUACAAAGCCUUCACUAAUAGAUGGAACUGGAAUGAAUGGUUGACUCUACCAGUGUUCUUCAGUGAUCUUCCAAGAAAUGCAACUUUAGCUAUGACAAUAUAUGACUGUGCUGGUCCUGGAAAGGUCAUGGUGGUUGGUGGUACAACCAUAUCACUUUUCGGCAAACACGGUAUGCUGAGACAGGGUAUGUUUGACUUGCGAGUGUGGCCGGGAGUGGAGGGCAGUGAGAAAACGCCCGGCAAAGCCCCCGACAGAGGCAAGGAACAAAUGCAGAGGUUGGCCAAGCUCGCAAAGAAACACCGUAACGGACAUAUGCCUAAGGUGGACUGGUUAGACAGGCUCACCUUCAGGGAGAUAGAGAUGAUCAACGAAAAAGAGAAACGGAGCUCAGAUUACAUGUAUCUGAUGGUGGAAUUUCCAACUGUACAAAUAGACGGCAUCAAUCACGCUGUUGUGUACUAUGAGCAAGAUGGCGAUGAGAUGUACCAAUUCAAAGUACAAGCUGACAUAGUCACAGUACCUGACUAUGAAAUAUUACAGGAGAAUUUAGUGGAGAGUAAGCAGCAUCGUCUCGCUCGCUCACUCCGGUCGGGAGUGUGUGGGAGGGAUGCCAAGCCCACGGCUAGCGAGCGCGACCAGCUCGCCGCCAUAGUGGCCUCCCCGCCCGCCAAACCCCUCACCGCCGCCGAACAAGACCUGCUGUGGAAAUUCAGAUUCUACUUGUCGUCACACAAACGUGCUCUCACAAAAUUCUUAGAAUGCGUCAACUGGAACAGACCGGGCGAGGUGCGGCAGGCGCUCGCUAUGAUGAAGCAGUGGACGCCUAUGGACGUGGAGGACGCCCUCGAACUGCUCACGCCCAAGUUCACACACCCAGCAGUCAGGAAGUACGCCAUAUCCCGGCUGAAGCAGGCGCCGGACGAAGACCUGCUGCUGUACCUGCUGCAGCUCGUGCAGGCGCUCAAGUACGAGGACCGCGCCGAGAUACACGACGAGUACGCGCGCGUUUGUGGAAAAGAUGCGCCUUCGUGGCCGGAGGACGCACGCGGCUCACGCGGCAGCCACGCUAGCCUGCUGUCCGCAUCAGUGUUAUCGACUAGCGAUAUGACCGGCUCGAUCACCAGUCGUCGGUCGAUCGACGCGCGCCCUGAAGAGUCUGUAGCAGCCACAGAGGAAAUUACCGCCCCCUCAGACACCGACAAUGGAAACGUAUACAGUAUGGAGGUGUGUGAAGAUGAGCUGUCGCUGGCCGGGUUCCUGAUAGGUCGCGCGUGCGGCAACAGCGUGGUCGGCAACUACCUGUACUGGUACCUGCUGGUGGAGUGCGAGGACGCGCCCGCGCACGACCACCGGCACAUGUACCUGCGCGUCAUGCGCACCUACUCGCAUCAACUCGCGCACGGUAACGCCGACCUCCAACGGACGCGUUCGUUCUUGGCCCGUCAACAAGUGUUCAUAGACAAACUGGUUAAACUCGUCAAAACUGUCACCCGCGAGAGCGGCAACCGCAACAAGAAGGCGGAGCGUCUCCAACAGCUACUCGCAGAUCCCGACGCGUUCAAAUUCAACUUCGCAAACUUCGAACCUAUGCCUUUCCCCCUAGACCCUAACGUUACCAUCAAGGGGAUAGUAGCUAAGAAAGCUAGCCUCUUCAAAUCGGCUCUUAUGCCCUCAAAACUGACUUUCUUAACUACGGAAGGCAUGGAAUACGAAGCUAUUUUCAAGCACGGCGAUGAUCUACGCCAAGAUCAAUUGAUCCUUCAGAUGAUAACGUUAAUGGACAAAUUGCUGCGACGGGAGAAUCUCGAUUUGAAACUGACCCCGUAUAAAGUACUAGCGACGAGUUCGAAACAUGGCUUCCUACAGUUCAUAGAGUCCGUGACUGUGGCCGAAGCGUUGGCUACAGAAGGCAGCAUACAGAACUUCUUCAGGAAACAUAAUCCGUGCGAAGGUGCACCUUACGGCAUCAAGCCCGAGACCAUGGAUACGUAUAUAAGGAGCUGUGCUGGAUACUGCGUCAUUACUUAUUUACUCGGCGUGGGCGACCGCCACCUGGACAACCUGCUGCUGACGCGCGGCGGCGCGCUGUUCCACAUCGACUUCGGCUACAUCCUGGGCCGCGACCCCAAGCCGCUGCCGCCGCCCAUGAAGCUCAGCAAGGAGAUGGUGGAGGCCAUGGGCGGCGUGCACUCCGACCACUACCACGAGUUCAGGAAACAGUGCUACACCGCCUUCCUGCACCUGCGGCGACAUGCCAACCUGAUGCUGAAUCUUUUCUCCCUGAUGGUAGACGCAUCGGUCCCAGAUAUAGCGCUCGAACCAGAUAAGGCUGUGAAGAAAGUGCAAGAUAAAUUGAGGCUCGAUCUCGGCGAUGAAGAAGCAGUCCACUAUCUCCAGAACCUGCUGGACAUGUCCGUCACUGCAGUGAUGGCUGUGUUAGUGGAACAUUUCCACAAGUUCGCACAGUACUGGCGUAAAUAACGACUAUAUUUCAAUGUGUUAGAGUUCAUAAUUUCUUAAAAAGGAAAAACAAAAACAUUAUGACGACAAAGGAAUAGUGCUAUUCUGUUCAUGUCUUUCAGAUGUUUUACCUGCUUUAGUGUCAUUGUAAUAUGUUUAUAAAUGAAGAUCGAAGACCUGCUAAGAUAUUUUAAUUGAGCUGCAAAUUAGUCAAAACAAAGUGAGACCUGUGAUCUUGGGUUGGUGAUUUAGCCCAUGCAAAGAUGAUGAAAGCAUUGUAUUCAGACACAUUGAUAGAUAUUAGUGUAUCAAAAUCAUGUUUGCUUUGUUAUUUUACUGUCUGGAAUCUGUUAUAUUUUGAGUAAGACACGAAGAUAGUUUUCGUCUGCAGCAAAUAGACCCAAUAUAUUCCUCCCUUUAUGCAAUUGAAAAUAUUUUUUUCUUAACACAAGUGGAAUAAAGUCAUAACGCCCAAUAUUAAAUUGAUUUAAUGUGGAAUAGGGAAUAUGCACUUUUAAAAAUAAAUUAUAUGGUUGUCCAUAUCGUUAUAUACCUGUAAAAAUACCGAAAAAGUAAAACUCAGUAACAAAAAUCACUACAUAUUAUAAAACAAAAUCCCCCGCCGCUCACGUCUGUCUGUUCGCGAUAAACUCGAAAAAGUACUAGACAGAUUUUCAUGCGGUUUUCAACAAUAGAUAGAGCAAUUAUUGAGAAAGGUUUAAGUGUAUAGUGAGUUUAGAUUCUGUUUAAACUGACGAUAUUAUGAUAUUAGUUUAAUAUGUCGGAAAUAAUAAAGCCAAUCGGGAGCUUUCCUCGAAAACCCAGCCAAAAACUUUUGAGUUAUAACAAAACAAUGUAUGGUGGAAUUUUACCUCUUUAAUAGAUCUACAAAAAAGUCCGGGUUGGUAUAUGUCCAUCUCCCAAAGAUAACCCACAAUAAUCAUUUUUUUACGUUUACUUGAAACCGAAAAACGAUGGGUUAUUUACGAACCUACUUUUAACUAUACAGUAUUGAUCCUUAUUCGAAUAAAUAAGUUAGAUACUACGUUAGAUAUUAGUGUAAAAUUACCUUUUACACUAUAUCAAAAAUAUGAAUAACUAAUGUGCUAUCGAAAAAUAAAAGUCUCCGGGCAAGCUAUUAAAUAUCGAUAAAUAAAAAUGAAUCGCGCAAACUUAUGUACGCGCAUAACUUCAGAAUUACAGUUCCGACUGCACCAAAUCGGAUGAUUCUAUUUUUUAUGUGUUAAGAGUAAAGGAUUUUUGGUGCAUUUCAACAACUAUUUUCAAGACGAGAACGAAAUAAUGUUGAAAAAUAUUUAAAUAGACUUUAUUCUGAAGCAAUAAUAAUCGUAAUAAAAUAUAUUUAACCAUUUUUUAAUCGGAGGCAUAUUCCCUAUUGACAAUCUUUUGUUUGUUACAUAUAAAUCUUGCACUGUGAUAUAUUAGUUAUAUAUUGUAAUGUAAGUAACUGAUGAUAAAUAAAAGUUAUAUUU